CGAGGAUUAGGAGGGGCAGCAGAGCCGCAGGAAAGAAAGUUGGGCUCCUUUCGGGGAUCCUUCCCACAAUCCCACUCCCCGACAGCAGGAGAAAGAGAGGAUCGAGUGAGGAUUUCUUUUUCUCAGAAUCCGACAGCGAGAGAAACUGUUGAGAGAGAGUGAGAAGCUGAUUGCCAGCCAAUUAAAAGGGGAAAAGAGAAAAAAGUCACGGGAAAAGAUAAAAAAAAGUCAAAGGAAAAGGGAGCAAUGUAACAUCACUUGCUCUCUCAGAUCCGUGCUUUCUCUUCACCUUCCUUGCUCCGUUUCUCCGUUUCGUUGAAUUCUUCUAGCCAGUGGAGUUUGUUUGGAUCGUGUGGGAUCUUUUGGUAAUGUGAGCUUUUCUUCUUUGUUUAUCUGGUCUUCUAUGAGGUCUACCUGGGAUUUGGGUCUGGGUGUUUCGGGUAAUAAGGUUUGGAGUUGUGAUUUCUCGAUGCAUUUCCUGCGGAAUCCUUAGAUUCGUCGUCGAUUCAUCGUUCUCAACAUUUAGAUGCAAGUUUGGUGAGGUCUGAGUGCUGUUUAGGGCUCAAAAUUGAAUCUUUUGAGUUUAGGGCCGAAAAUUGGUCAUGGGACAUGCGCCAUUCUUCUCACUUUCAUCUAGAGUCCUAGUUAUCUGAGAACUGAAGUGUCAGAAUAAUGGGUAUUUCUGCAAAGUGGCUUAAAUCAUGGGUCGGGCUAAGAAAUCCAGAGAAGUCACAACAUUCAGAUAAGGACGAAAAUAAAAGGGUCGCUGCUAAUAGGUUUUGGCACCGGCGGAAACAUUUUAUUGAUCCUGAUGGUGCUAUUAUGGAUAAUGAAUUUCCUGUUGGAACUGCUCCAUUGACAGCAGAUGUUAAUAUCCAAUCAAGCCCACAUUCCACAUCUUCUUCAGCCAACACCUCACUUCAAGUACAGGCAUCUUGUCAACCAGAACUGAAUGCAAGAGAGGACUGGGCUGCCACAGUUAUUCAAACUGCUUUUCGAGCUUUCCUGGCUAGACGAGCAUUACGAGCUCUAAAAGGACUGGUUAGACUUCAGGCCCUGGUUAGGGGUCAUGCUGUCAGAAAGCAAGCUGCAAUAACUCUUCGCUGCAUGCAAGCUUUGGUAAGAGUUCAGGCUCGUGUCAGAGCCAGGCGUGUUCGCAUAGCAUUAGAGAAUCAGUUGGGGCAGCAAAAGGUUCAGCAACAACAAGUACAUGAGGCUCGUGUUCGAGAAACAGAGGAAGGCUGGUGUGACAGUGUUGGUUCUGUGGAAGAAAUUCAAGCCAAGUUGUUAAAGAGGCAAGAAGCAGCAGCCAAGCGUGAGAGGGCCAUGGCAUAUGCUCUCACUCAUCAGUGGCAGGCAGGUUCCAGGCAGACUGUAGCUCCUUCAGGAUUUGAGCCAGAUAAAAACAACUGGGGGUGGAACUGGUUAGAGCGAUGGAUGGCUGUUCGCCCAUGGGAGAACCGGUUCCUUGACAUUAAUCUCAAGAAUGGGGUGAUGGUUGAUGAAAAUGGACCACCUGACGGAAAGUAUGGAACUAGAGCUCAAAACAAACCUCCUGGGAAGAAGCCUAUUUCAAAUCUUCAUUCCAAUGUCCUAAACCAGAAAACAGGCCCAUCACAUUCUGAGGGAAGUGGCUCUUCAUCAAACCGAUCUGUGAGCCAGCUAACCUCUUCUGCUGUGCCAUCAGUUAAGGGAAAAUCAAAGCCAUCAUCUGAGGAGGUUUCUGGAGAAGCCAUCUCCCAGCCUUCUGGACUUGGUACUCGGUCAUAUAGCAAUCCAAAGGAGAGGCCAUCACAACUGGAUUCUCAAGCUAAGAAGCGGCUCUCUCUUCCAAGCAGUGGUGUGUCAGCAGGAAAGCACCCUGCCACCAAAAUUGCAGCUUACCAGCCGGCCACUUCUAAGAAAGCCAUCAGAGAUACACCAAAGUCUGAAAUAAAACACCGUUUGAAUCCUACAGAUCCAGCUCAGAGAGUUGAGGUGCAGACAUGAAAAGUCAUGUUCAGUUGAUUACAAAUUUACAGUAGUAGCUGGUCCGAGCAUGUUCCAGUGCUGUAUCAAACUUUCUCUGUAUAUAAGACCUCUGUUCUUUUCCAGCGGGGUGGUUGUCCCAGUGCUUCUCUACAUCUCUACGGCUUAAGGUGACAGGUAUGAAGAUGCCAAUGCUGAUUGCUGCCUUCAAUGAGUUAGGGAGACUUCAUUUCUGUUACUGCAUUAUUAGUUGUACGACCAUGUGGUAUCUAUUUGUUCGUGUUGAGUUUUUAAGUUAUGCCUAGUCAUUUUAAUCUGUUGUUGGAUGGCUGUUGGCACUCUGAAUCCCCAACCAUGAGCAAAAAUAGAAAAGUUAUGCUUGCAUUAGUGAA